UGGGGACCAAAUUAACAGCCACAACAACAAAAACCUUUUCUACUGGUAUACUGUGCUUUUAAUUACGAACUAUUUAACAAGACGUCUGCUAACUUCCCAAGGAGAAAGAAGUAUUAUCACCCAGAAAAGCAAGAGGAGAUAAAAAAGCAGCGAAUGAUACGCUUCGCAUCGUAGAGGAAUAACCUGGCUUAUGCAGCGCUCCACUUUGCCAACACAACCCAAAACCCAAAAAAAAUUAAAAAAAUAAUAAUUACGACCUAAUUUCUCUCCUACUGAAAUUUUUACAAUUACCGAACCAUGCCUGAAUACCAAAGUUGGACAUUUCCACACAUACCCGCGGAACUGGCUGAACUGCUCUUCCAAAAUGAUGAGAAGUUGGUUGUGGUGGGUGUUAUAGGGAAAUCAGCCUUUUCAGAUAGCAAUAAAAUGGUUGAUAUGGGUGUGUUGGAUAGUCACCCUAGCCUUCUGGAUCACCAACCACAAGAGGGAACUAUUCGGCUUUAUUACAACCGAAAAAAGUCCAUGUUGCUCCUGCACUUCGAAACUACGUUCGAUGCAGCUUGUAUGCAGAAGAUGCUUGAGGAUCAAUUAGCAGAGGAUGCGUACGGUUAUUUUCUGCUAUUCAAUCAGCGCGUGCGCAAUCGCUUUGCCCGAAUGUUGCUCUUCGCUACUCAAGUUUGCCACAUUAUCGUUUUCGUUGAACUAAGUGUUACUUUCGAUGCAUCCUUGUUGAUGAUCUUUAGAGCUCUGAAGAUUAUAAGGGACAAGUACAUAUUAAAGUUUUUGCCAAAAUUGGUUAAAAACUCUAGCACUGGCACUUUUUUGGGAAAAUCUGCACGUUUAUGUUCACCGCGUGUGCUAUUCCUUUUCGAGAAUUACCCAGAUGAUUACGAGAAAACAAGCGAAUGCAUAUCCAAACUGGAAUUCGAGGUGGAGGAUAGCAUUUAUAAAAUUAUUAUUAUUAAUAGUUGUUAUUCUAUUCAUAAUAAAACAUUUGCAAUCCCCAGUGCCAUGUCGCUAUUCUCUAUACCGAGCAAUAAGCGCUUUGUUUAUUAUAACACUGAUCCUUCAUUACGAGAAGAUCCUUUGUUGAAAUCAAUAACGAUGCUGCAAAGCUUUUUGCAGAAAUCUAAUUUUAAAGAAGACGAUGAAGAUGAUCUUGAAGAUUUGCGACCUUUCAAGGGUUUUGGUAAACCGUUAAUUCAAUGCAAUCCAGAACGAACUCAGCCAACUGUGGAAGAGGUGUUUCUUAAAAAGAGAAAUUUUAUGGAUUUAUUGAUGGAUCAUGUCGAUGAAGCACUACAAAUAGGCUUUGAUGAUAGUUCGACGAAAUUCAAAGGCAAAAACCAUUUUGUGAUACUUCCAGCAAAGGCUUGGUAUGAAACAAUCAAAAUGCUUCAUAGAAUUUUCAUCGAAAAUCCAGAUAAUCCCAAAUUUGAGGCCAACGAUGCAGAUUAUAAAGCAUAUUUGGAGAAUUUCAAUAAAAUUAUGGACAUCGAUGAUGAGUUCUUUAACGCUUGCUGUGAUAUAGGUUUGCAGAAAGCUUAUGCAAUGUACAACAACCCAACUUUGACGCACUACAGUAGCACAGUGCAUAAAAAACUGGUUGAAGAGGCCGUUUCAUUAUAUAUGAAAUAUGCCCGCGGCACCCAGACCGUCAUAAACGAGACUAAGCUGCGUGAAAUGUGCGAACGAUGGGAAUUCUAUGAAUAUAUGGCUAACAAUUGCAAUCUGUGCGCUAAAGUAAAAAAAGUUCAUUUUCCAGUUUUUGAGCCUUCCAUCAAUGAUUAUAGAGCCGCCGAAUUCAAAAUUGCUUUUCCAAAGCUAUCGAUACAUGACUCCAUUGAUUUCGCUGAACGUCUUGAUCUACGCUCUCCCGAUUCUGUUGACUCGGACGAGUGCUCUCAGCCAUUUACUGCCUCACAGGGUACGCAUACCAAUCUUAGCCUGGUGUCCACUGACGAAUUGGACAAAAUUGCUGUUGAUGAUGGUGAUAUGCACAGUACCGAAGAAUCCCUUAAUGAAUUGGUUAUACAGGUGAAAGAUAAAGAUGCACAGAAAGAAAAGGAGAAGGAGCGAAGCAUAUACAGGCAGCCCUCCACCACUGAAUAUCUGCCUGGUAUGGUUCAUACGGAAUCGCCACUGGGAUUGUUGCCGCGUUUUCCAAGUUGGUCGUUGGUAUGUGUUGGGCCAAGCUCGGUCUACAGUCACAACACUGGUCUAUUGGAACACUUUCAAAGUGGGUUUCUUUCGGGCGCAAAUUUUUUGCUUCCCUGGGAUGUGCAUGUCCGCCUGGAACAUUCUGCAUCGUGGGCCUAUGAAAAAACUCGGCUACGAAAGAUGGGCGAGGUUUUCAUACUGAAAAUAUUUGUUGGCUGCGAAUAUGAGUGCCCGCGCGGAUACAGAUUUAUGAUGAACUCACCGGAUAAGGUAUUACGCGGUGGAUCAGGAAUACUUCGGGACAGUGGCAGUAAAAUAGUGUAUAACAAUAUGCCGCUGUAUUUCCCUUGUCCCUGUCGUUCACAUAAGGCGGAUGUGGCUCAAUUAAUGCGCGUUCAUGUUGUAACUCCAAAAGCGCCUGUAAAUGUUAUUUUAGAUCCGAGGGUGCGUACGGGAGAGCGCGAUUAUAUUUUCACCAUGGGUCUACCUAAUCCUCCAAAACUAACUCAAAGUGCUUAUUGGAUUUUACGACUUCCCUACGUGUAUCAAGGAGACGAAGGUCCAAUAGCACCACCCACCGAAAUAACUGCAACCAGUGCAAUCAAUUAUGGUUGCCUACCAGCUGGUAUGUUUGGCGUAAGCGAAACGGAAGUAGAUGACUGAAAAAUCACGCUGUCUACGUAGCCGGAGCAAUUUGAAUUUUUAACCGGUCAAGGAGUGUGAUUUCAACAGCUUUCCCACAAAUUUAUGGGAAUGUUUUAUGCUGUUGCAGAAAGCGCGAAAGUAUAAUAAUGCAACAUCAGCUACAUGGCUAUUUUGUAAUCUAUAUUU